GCGGUGGGAGGAUUAUAAAUAAAGACGGAGGAGUCCCUUCGUCACCCUCACCCUUUCAAGUACAGAGUAUACUGAAUGUGAAGUAGACCAAAAAUCUGCAACAAUACACCUUCACAUUAUGUCUGGCACUCGAAAUACUCCUCCGAUUCUCCCUCAGGAACUUAUCACAGAAAUUCUAUUGUGGGUUCCGGUGAAGAUUCUUAUGCAAUUAAGGUGCGUUUCCAAGUCUUGGAAUUCUCUCAUCAUGGAUCCUACUUUUGCGAAACUGCACCUUCAAAGAUCCCCCAGCAACACCCACGUUCUGUUAACGUUUGAGCACAUUGACCUCGAGAAGGAUGAAGGCGAAACCUGUGCCCAACCCUGCUCCGUGCCCCGUUUACUCCAAAGCCCAGCUUCCACCAUCAAUGAUGGUUGCUUCCGGUACGACGAAAAAUACUUUGUCUUUGGGGUCUGCAAUGGUUUGGUUUGUUUGCGUGAUUCUUUGAAUGGAGUAGAUUUUAAAGAAUACUGGAUCCAGUUUUGGAACCCAGCCACAAGGUUUAUGUCUCAAGUAUCCCCGCGCUUACAUCUCGAUUUGUUCACUUAUAAAACGGGACCGUUUUGUUCUGUCAAGUUUGGGUUAGGGUACGAUGAUUUGAGGGAUAUUUACAAGGUUGUGGUAGUGCUUUCGGAUCCUAAAGCGAAGAAAAGGGAAAUAAGGGUUCAUUGCUUGGGUGACGAUUGUUGGAGAGAGGUUUUAGCUUGCCCUACGUUUCCUAUGCUAGGUCAAGUUGAUGGUCAAUUUUUGAAUGGCACUCUUAAUUGGUUAGCACUUCGCAAGCCGUGUGUUGAAUAUAGAUGGGAAUCUGUUACUGUUGAUGAGUUGGCAAUAUUUUCGUAUGACUUAAGGAAUGAGACUUAUGAAUUUUUGUUGAUGCCUGAAGCUCUUGAUGAAACCCCUCUUGAUGAGCCAGAUUUUGCGGUUUUGAGGGGUUGCUUGUGUCUUUCUCAUGAUUAUAUGAAAACUCAUGUUGUUGUUUGGCUAAUGAGGGAGUUCGGAGUAACAAGUUCAUGGACUCGAUUGCUGAAUGUUGGCUAUGAGCAAUUCCAAAUUUUUAGCACUUUACCUCGUCCUCCCGUGCCUUUGUGUAUAUCUGAAAAUGAGGAUUUCGUCUUGCUGGCAAACUAUGAAUGUUUUGAUAUUGUUUUAUAUAAUCGGAGAGAGAAUCGAGUAGAGCUUACUGAAGUUCUCAACAGCAAAUUUUGGUUGUUCUCCUAUGAUUAUGUUCCAAGCCUGGUUUUGCCGUUUCGAAAUCAAACUCCUCUGCAGUAGUUUAUCUGAGUUUUAUGUUAGAUUAUGAAAGGGGUUUCAGAACUUAGCCAUUUCAUGUGUGGGUAGGAUAGAGAAUGAAGUUAAUUAGUGGUUACGUAGCUUGAAUAAUUUCUUGGAUGAUUCUAUUACCUAUGGCUGUAAUGGAUGGAUAUGUGAAAAAACCAAUCUUAAUGGACCUUAGUCAAUGUUCUUUCUUCUUAAUGAAAUCCAA